GAAGGCGGCGCAGACUAGUCCCAACUCGGAAACACCAAGCAGCAGAGCGGGGGCGGAGGGGAGCGGUUAGGCUUUGUGUCGCAGGCCAGGUGGGCUCCUUGGGCCCCGGGGGCGCAGGGGACGGGGUUCUAGGGGUCAAUGCCGGGGCCCUUUGCCGCCAGCUGCCCCCUCCCCCUUCCCUGCGGGCUUUUGCACACGACGCGCGCGCUUCACACGGGGUAGCGGGGACCGGGUAAAGCCAGCGGGAGCGGGGCGCCACGGCUGACGUAGUGGGGCAGCAGCGGUAGCAACAGCGGGACGACCCCUCGGCAGUCUCGGCACGGCCAGGCGGGAGCGAACUCGCGGCAGAGCGGGCGGGCGAGGGGCUCACGCGCCGGGGCGGCGGGAAAGGCGCGCAGUGCCCUCCCGGCAGGUGAGUGCGCGCCGCGGAGCGUCCCGCGCGCAACUUCCAGGGAGUACACGGCAGGGCGCGCGAGACCGCAUGGAGGCCACCGAGAGGAAGCAUCUGUUAGACGCCAGGCUUGGAGCCAGGUCUUACAGAUCUCUGUGGCAGGAUGGGGCUGGCAGGAUUCCUCUGUCUUCACCUGGCCUGGACUUGCAGACCGUUGAGCUGGCUACCAAGAGCAACCAUUACUGUCAUGCCCAGACGGGUCCUGGCAGUGACUGCGACCUCAAGAAGAAGAGGGCGUGGCGCCAGCUCUGUGUGGCCUGUGCCUUCUGCCUGUUGUUCAUGAUUGGGGAAGUCGUUGGUGGGUACCUGGCACAUAGUUUGGCGAUCAUGACAGAUGCAGCCCACCUGCUCACUGACUUCGCCAGCAUGCUCAUCAGCCUCUUCUCCCUGUGGAUGUCUUCCCGGCCAGCCACCAAGACCAUGAACUUCGGCUGGCAUCGAGCUGAGAUCCUGGGCGCCCUGAUCUCUGUGCUGUCCAUCUGGGUCGUGACCGGGGUACUGGUGUACCUGGCGGUGGAACGGCUGAUCUCUGGGGACUAUGAGCUCGAGAAGGGGACCAUGCUGAUCACGUCGGGCUGUGCUGUGGUCGUGAACAUCAUAAUGGGAUUGAUUCUUCACCAGUCUGGCCACGGACACAGCCAUGGCCAUGAGCACAGCCACGACACCAGCCAGCAGCAGGAGAACCCCAGUGUCCGAGCUGCUUUUAUCCAUGUGGUUGGAGACUUUCUGCAGAGCUUGGGCGUUUUAGUGGCAGCCUUUAUUUUAUACUUCAAGCCAGAGUACAAGUUUAUAGACCCCAUCUGCACCUUCCUCUUCUCCAUCCUCGUCCUGGGGACAACCUUGACCAUCCUGAGAGAUGUGAUCCUGGUGCUGAUGGAAGUGGGGUCGGGGCGGGGCAGACCGAGGAUCAGAAAAAGACAGUUGGUGUUGGACAAGACUGCGGAAUCCACUGCAGCUCAGGCCUUCCUUUCUGAGGACCCCACCUCCAGAGGACGUGGCAGGGCUUUGAUUGGUGGCAGAUGGUCUGCCCUGAGGGACCCCCAGGGGCAUGGACUUCAUGGCUGUGCGGGAUCUGCUGCUGUCGGUGGAGGGGGUGGAAGCCCUGCACAGCCUGCAUAUCUGGGCGCUGACUGUGGCCCAGCCUAUCCUGUCUGUCCAUGUCGCCAUCGCUACUUAAUGUGCCACUGCUGUGGGCCAGCUGGGUCCUCAGGGAGUGAUCUGGUGGCGCUUCCUUUCCUGAGAGAGAAAAUCAGCAAUGAACGUAACAGCGCUCGGACUCCAGCUGAGAGGCUGACACAGCAGCAGAGACGAAGCAGAGAGCCCCAUUGGACCAGCCAUCAAGUUCAGCCACGGCCCAAGUCGUUGUUCAGUUCAACUGGUGGUGAAAUGGGGGUCAACCAGUCCGUGGGCUUUCCACCUGUCACGGGAUCCCACCUCGUAGGCUGUGGGGAUGUGAUGGAGGGUCAGAGUCUCCAGGGGAGCUUCUUUCGACUCUUCUACCCCUGCCAAGAGGCAGAAGAGACCACAGAGCAGCCCCUGUGGAUUCCCCGCUAUGAGUACUGCACUGGCCUGGCUGAUUACCUGAAGUUUAAUAAGCGCUGGGGAGGUUUGCUGUUCAACAUGGUUGUGGGAUCUUGUCGCCUGCCUGUUAGCUGGAAUGGCCCCUUUAAGACAAAGGACUCUGGAUACCCCUUGAUCAUCUUCUCCCAUGGCCUGGGAGCCUUCAGGACACUGUAUUCAGCCUUCUGCAUGGAGCUGGCCUCCCAUGGCUUUGUGGUUGCUGUACCAGAGCACAGGGAUGGGUCAGCUGCAGCAACCUGUUUCUGCAAGCAGCCCCCAGAGGCGAACCAGCCCAACAGCGAGUCACUGGAGGAGGAAUGGAUCCCCCACCGUCAAACUGAGGAAGGGGAGAAGGAAUUCCAUGUUCGGAAUUGCCAGGUGCAUCAGAGGGUAAGCGAGUGCCUGAGGGUAUUAACUGUCCUGCAAGAGGCCGCUGCUGGGCAGACUGUCCUCAACACCGUGCCUGGCGGGUUGGAUCUGAUGACCUUGAAGGGCAGCAUUGACGUGAGCCGCGUGGCUGUAAUGGGACAUUCAUUUGGAGGGGCCACAGCUAUUCUGGCUUUGGCCAAGGAGACCCGAUUUCGGUGUGCUGUGGCUCUGGAUGCUUGGAUGUUUCCUCUGGAACGUGACUUUUACCCCACGGCCCGAGGCCCUAUAUUUUUCAUCAAUGCUGAGAAAUUCCAGACAAUGGAGAGUGUCAACUUGAUGAAGAAGAUUUGUGCCCAGCAUGAUCAAUCCAGGAUCAUAACUGUCCUUGGUUCUGUUCAUUGGAGUCAAACUGACUUUGCUUUUAUGGCUGGUAACUGGAUUGCUAAAUUCUUCUCCACUCAAACCCAUGGGAGCUUGGACCCCUAUAAAUGUCAGGAGACUGUGGUGCAGGCCAUGUUGGCCUUCCUGCAGAAGCACCUUGACCUGAACGAGGACUAUGACCAAUGGAACAAACUCAUUGAAGGUAUCGGACCAUCACUAACCCCAGGGGCCCCACAGCAUCUGUCCAGCCUGUAGGCACAACGGGUCAUUUGUGAAAGGUCACUGAGCUGAGUUCCCAUUGGGGGCCUACCCAGGGACACCCGUGUCCUCCUACCAGGAGGUGGUCAUCAUGACCCUUCUGCACAGAUUGAGAGGAUGUAAUCACACUGCUGAUUGGAUAACCGGGUACUUGGAUCUUUGACUUGUUGAUCGUAAACUCAUGUUGGGACUUGGGUCACUCACUGAUUGGCAAACUGACUUUCUGGGGACUGAGCCCUGAUGGUGUGGGGAACAAGCAGUGGGACGGGGCAAGGGAGGACCCAAGCCCCAGGCUGAGUACUGUGAACGCUGUUAACCCAGCCAGCUGACUCCCUCAUCUUGGGCCAGUGUGGCUUCUGCAGUGGAAGAAAUGGAGCCAAAAGAUGGAGGGAAAAUUCCCACUGUCCGGACCUCUAGCCCAACCUGCUGCUAUUUCUUCCUCCCCCUCCCCCUUCUCCCUCCCCAGUGUUGCUUGGUGAGUUCUAAACGCUUUAGGUAGCUCUCUAGGAUAUGGACCACCAUCAGAUUUUCUGUUUAUUUUCAAGCCUUCUCACUGCAUGAAACAUAGUCUCAGGCAUUUAGUCAGGAUGAAGUUAUACUUGUGAGCCCGUGGAAGGGGCAGACAGCAUUGUCCUGAUAGCAUAAGGAGAGAGGCUGAGGGACAACGGGUACCUCAGAAGCUCUGAAUGUCUUAGAGUUUUGCUGAAAAUGUAGCUUGACAGGAAACAACAGACGUAGGUUGGGGUGGAGAAGGGAGAAUAACAUUGUUAAGUAGCCAUUUGAUCAGGCCCUCACCACAAAAGUGAGGGAGUUUGGUCAGUUCGAAUUCAGGAAGCCUUCCCUAGAGAGAAGUCUUAGGAACACUUUGGUCUUGCCUCUUACCUCAGAUAUCGUGAGCCUCCAACUUGCUCAGAAUCAGGGUGCUGUAGUUGUCUUCUGGCUCUGAGGCCUUAGUCUCAAAUUUAAGUCAAGAUAUAGGUUGAAUUUCCAUUCUGUUCCAUUUUUAAUAUGAAUGAUAUUAAUACUCAUGUUUGCCUAAUGAUAUGUUUGCCUAGAAUAUUUUCUGUAUUUAAACUGCAUUACAGCAAGAUGGGGAGCCAUCUGGAAGUAACUUUUCCUUCUGUCUUUCUUUGAUUGCUUACCACUUGUACCCAUGUGGAAAAAAACUUCGAAAGGAAAGGAAGUCUUCCUAGUGAUCUAGUUCAAAGCUGUCUGGGAACAUCAACCUGAAACACCCCUCCCCACUACUCUAGACCUCUCACCUUGGCCCAAGUAGGGCACCCCAGAGGAAGCAAGAGCAAGAGGAAAUGCGUCUCUAUGCAACAGGGCCAAGGUCAGUGUCACCAAAGCAAGCUGGCACUGUCUCCCAUCUCUCAACAGCUAUUCUUUCUCAGAGGUGAAACACCAGAUCCAUUGAGGCUGUGGACCUACCUGGGGAGGAUCUGUGGAUUCCAGUGAGACAGAGCAUAAGGAGAAUAUCGUUAAAGCCCUGGCUCUAGAGUUCUAUAGCGUGGUUUUGAGUCCAGGCUUCACCACUGCUAGCUGGGUAAAUUUGAGCAAAUUAUGUUCUCUUUUUAGUCUCAGUUCCUGCAUUUCUAAAAUGAGGAUCUGCAUUCUGAAUAGUUAGGAGGAUUAAGUGAAAAGAUGUAUAACCCAUGGAUUAUUUAAAAGUAUGUUUCCUACUUUCCAAACAUGUGAGAUUUUCCUAGUUACCCUAUGGCUGUUGUUUUCUAGCUUAACUGCUUUUGGUCAGAGAAAAUGACCCACGUGGUUUUCAUUCUGAGACUUGCUUGUUGCCUCAGUGUGAGGUCAAUUUUGUAAAUGUUCCAUGUAUACUUCAUGAGGCUGUACAUUCUCAAGUUGUUGCCUCGCUGUUUUUACUCAAGAACACAUUAUGGAUUUCCAUCCAUGAGAGCACAUACAGAUAUAUUGGAGGGCCUUUUAACCCCUAGACAGGGACCAGAGCCCCUCAGCAAUCACAGAACCAGUAGAAGCCAUCCCUUGUGCCUGGGGCUGGUUCUGCAGACGCUGAGAAGUCAGUUCUGACAGCAUUAGAGCGUGAGACCCAACUUCUGCCUUAGACCCAUAAAUAAUGCAGGUAUAUUUUGUGAAGACCUGGACCCUUCCUAGAGAAAGAAGUUGUUCGGAAACUGGAUCCAUCUCCUCUGUUCAGUUCAUGUUCUGGUAAUGACUCAUUUAUCUGAUGUCAUUGGAGUAGGUGAAUUUUCCUCACUGAAAAUUAUCCUUUAAGUCACACAAUAUUAUAUUAACUAUAAUAUUGAAGGGUAAUUUACCAAAAAGAUAAUGCACACACUUCUUAAUGUGAUCUGACCUCAUUUAACUUUUUAGAAUGUUUCAAUCAGGAUAGAUUCAAUUAUACAGUAGUAACAAACAAUCCCAAAAAGCAAUAAAAGUUUAUUUCUUGCCUGUG